GUGACGGCCAGAACAUGGACGGAUACCAGGAGUUCCUGCUCACCGUUCGAAGGGACAUAAAUUGCCUGACAGAUAAUGAUCGAGCAGUUAGACGAGGAGCAGUUCUCAAAUUGGACAAGACACUGCUGGGCAGCAGCAAAGCCCCAGCGGACUAUGUCCGCAAAGUCUUUGUGGAAGAGCUUCACAAGCCUCUCUUCAGAAUGUUUGCAGACCAGGGUGAGAAGUGUCGCGAAGUUUCGCUGUCCAUGACGCAGCGCUUUGCAGAUCUCUUGCCUGUCCAAGAUCUAGAGAAUAUUCUCCCGCUGUUGCUUGCAGCUCUCCUCGGUCGUUUCAGGAGUCACCCCUUCCCCGAGCAGAGUGAGGAGCUGCGACUGGAGGCUUUGCGGUUGCUCAGCCACCUGUUCGAUCUGUGCAAGGAGCGUUUGAGUCCCUUCGCAAGUGAUGUGUUGGACGCACUGUCCAAGGCUUUGACAGACACCUGCCCCGAUGCCAAGAAGGAGUGCUGCGAGAUCACCAAAAAGGUGAGCCAGUACUUCGAGGCAGAGAGAAUCAGCCGAGCCUGUGGUCCCCUUGUAGGCUCACUACUUGCGAACCUCAAGCAUCAGCAGUGGAAGGUCAGGAGAGCCACGCUGGAGAGCAUUGGGGCACUGCUUCUUCAAGAGGCACCGAUGAUGGACCACAUGGAGGACAUCCUCCCGCACCUCAACGCCCUUCUCGCCGACAGGACACCUGGCGUGAGACAAAGCCUGGCAGAAACCUUGGAAAGGUGGCUGCUGAAGGGUCUGAGCUUUCGAGCUCCGCUGGUCAGUAAUCUCAACGAUGAUGGGCCAGAGGGUUUCGACAAGUUUGAGUCGCGGCUGCUCCUGCUGCUUCUAGGCGUUUCUUCAGAUGAGGAGGCUGAGCAGGUGGGUGCUGUUGCACUUGGGGGUCUCGAACGAGUGGCUGCCUUGAAGCACGAGGUGCUCAUAAAACGUGCGCAGAGAGAACGGGAGCGGGAGGAAGCCAAGCAAAAGGCGAAAGAAGCCAGAGAGAGCAAGGCAGGCUACAGCGAGCAGCCUGACAAUGCUGGAGUGGAUGAGACAGGCAAGCAGAAGUGCAAGGAUCCGGAGGUCGUGCCCGCAUUUGACUACACCUCCGUGCUGCCACUUCUGCCAGAGCCGUUCGCAGCUGGCCGCCUGCCUGCCGCACUGACUACGACCUAUGUGAAGUAUCACUUGGCCAGCAUCCUGCCCCAGGUGCUUGCCAAUCUCACACAAUGGACGACGGACAUCCGCGAAGCAGCCGCAAGGUUGUUGCAAGUUCUGCUUGUCAUCGCCAAUCAGCAGAUUGCACCGUUUCUGGAUGCUGUGCUGGUUCAUCUGUACAAGGCCCAGGCUGACGACGACCAAAAGGUUGCCAAGGCGUCACUGCUGUGUGCCAGCAUGGUGGGAGUCUUCCUUGAUGCAGAGCUGGUUCUGGAAGUGGUUGGCAGACACAUGGGCCUCAAGCAUGAAGGUGGUCAGCGAAAGGGCACCUCUUUUGAUGAGCUGUGGCCUCAAGACAAGCAGGGCCGCCAGACGACGAGGACGGUGCAGGACGUCCUAGCGGGUGUCAAAAACUUUGCGGCCAUGACAGCUGAGUCUCGGAGGCAGGUUUUUGUGGUACUCUCAAAGCUGAUACACCCGGCUGCGAAUGUUGGCACGAAUGGCUUCUGCCGUAGGCUAAAGGCCAAGGAAGUGAAGCUGGUGCUCCGCUUUCUGGAGGAGGGCGUCCACAGCGAGUUGCUGACCUCUGUGCUUGGCGCCACGGAAUCUUUACUGAAAGCAGGCCAGGAGGCAUGCGUGCAAGACUGGCCGCGGAUAUUCGACCUACUGCUGCGGAUGAAGAGCAGUGAGGAGUGCAGCACGCAAGUCGUCGAUGCCAACAUCGAUCACUUGUCUCAGCUCUUGGGUAGGUCCCCGCGGCAGCUCUACGAAGAGCACCUCAGGACUCGUCUGGCCGACCUGCUUCAAGGCGGAGAUCAGAUCUUGUGGGAGGAGACCAGUCCGAACCGUCACGUUCUGGAGACGUUGCUGAGAAAUGCUGGGCCAGCGGUGGCAGAACAUGUUGCUAACCUGGUGCCAGUUCUUGCGCGACAGGCAAAUCCCGAGGAUGCCAGUGCCACUGCCCGUGUGGACCUCCUGGGCUUAAUUCACUUCCUGGUGAACGAGGAGGAUGCUGCCCUCGCUGGUGCUCUCAAAGCAAGCGCGCUGCCACUGCUUGAUAGUGUCUUGCUGCCAAACUGUUCAUGGAGGCCUGGACAGUCGAACGGCAAGAUUCGAAGGGGCGGAAUGGUCUGUGUCCACUCACUUCUCCGACGGCAUUUGGUGCCACCGGCCGUGCUCAACGAGGUUUUUGUGGACUUGAUGCCCAUCCUAAAGAGUUGCCUCGACGACAGCUGGUCGCCAGACAACCGCAUGGUUGCCUGCCUCGUGCUGUCCUGCACGCUUGCAGACUUGCAGACGGAGAUCAAUGGCGAGCAGCUCCGCGAGGUCUACCCAGAGCUGCUAAAGCGGCUGGAUGACUCAAACGACAAGAUUCGGGUUGCAGUUUGCGAGGCGCUUGAUGUGUUCUUCAAGUGCCUUCCACAGAACUGGAGCCGUACCUUGUAUGAGUACAUACUCCGCAACCUCUUUGUUCAUCUCGAUGAUCCCAAUCCGGAGAUUCAGCAGGGCAUCUAUGCGGUGCUUCAAUCAGCAGCCCCACAGGAUGCGGCGACUUUCCUCAAGGAAGCUCAAACCGCUUCUGCCAAGAGCGCGCACCCUCGCUUGUGCGAGGAGCUGGUCCGCCUGGCCGACGGUUUGAAGGGUGGUGCUGACUGA